AAUGCAAUGGCGGAUUUGUUGAUUUCUGAACAAAAAUAAUCUUAUAAACACAGUUGCAUUUGUGUUAAUACAUCUGUUGGAAUUAUACGAGAAAACGAUGGAUGAUUUCUUUGAGGAAGAAUUUGCCGAUGAACUGGAGGCACUCGAAGAUCACAACGAGGAUCCAGGGGACCCAUAUGCUCCAAAGUCCAAGAAGACUCUCCAGUUCACAACACCCAAGCCGAAGAGCAAGCACCCAGGUGGCUGUUUGGUCAGCCCUACUCCUCUCACGCCGCUGGAAAGCCCGUUGUCGUCUAGGAACGGACACGUCAAAGAGAAAAGGCAAAGAGAUGACAGCUUCACCGGUCUGUCAGAUAGUGAAGAGGACACUUGUGAUACUCUCCCCAAACUAGGUCAGAGAGCCAAGCGGCCACGCACAGAGCCUGGCAGAACCCCGCAGCCCCACGCCCCCUCCUGAGAUGGACCAUAUUAAACAGAAGCGACCACAAGAAGCGGCACGGACAGGCAGCCAUGCACACAGGAAUAUUGCCGAUAUCGACAUUGACGACUUCGGAACUGAUGCCA